AACUUCAAACGUAAAUACCUGGAAUCUAUCUUUAUAAAAAGAGCUGACAAUUUCCUACCUUUUCACUUACUCUGUCCUCCUUCACUCUCAUCUUCCAUCUUCACAUCCUUCGCUGCCCCCUACGCCGUGUUCUUCUUCUGCGUUCUGGGAUCCAGGUUGGUUUAGAGAAUGGAAAAUCCGGUGAAAAGGGUGUUACUUACCUCCAACGGUGACGAGAUUUCUGAGAAUAUUGCUUUCCAUUUGGCCAAACAGGGAUGCAGGUUGGUCUUGAUGGGAAAUGAGAACUGCCUCAAAAGUAUCGGCGAGAAGAUAGCAGGAAGAGUAAAGGGUGUUGCGCCUGUGGAGGUCGUAGCAAUGGAUAUGGAGGAGGAGAGGGAGGGAGCUUUUGAUGAGGCAGUGGAUAAGGCAUGCAGGAUUUUGGGGAAUUUAGAUGCUUUUGUACAUUGCUACGCCUAUGAAGGAAAGAUGCAAGGCCCCUUAGAAUUAGCUGAAGAAGAAUUCAAAAAAACAGUGAAAAUAAACUUCAUGGCUCCAUGGUUUCUACUAAAGGCUGUUGGAAGAAGAAUGCGUGACAAUAAAUUGGGAGGUUCAAUUGUCUUUGUGACCUCAAUAAUUGGUGCUGAGAGAGGAAUUUAUCCAGGUGCUGCUGCUUAUGGUUCUUGUUCAGCUGGAAUCCAACAAUUAGUUAGACAUUCAGCUAUGGAAAUUGGGAAAUACAAGAUCAGAGUCAAUGCAAUUGCACGAGGUUUGCACCUGCAAGAUGAAUAUCCCUUGGCAGUGGGGAAGGAGAAAGCAGAGAAGUUGGUCAAAGAGGUAGCACCACUCCAGAGAUGGCUUGAUGCUAGGAAUGAUCUAGCAUCAACUGUCAUCUAUUUAAUAAGUGACGGCUCACGCUACAUGACUGGAACGACUAUAUUUGUCGAUGGAGGGCAGUCUUUGUCAAGGCCUCGUAUGCGAUCUUUCAUUUAAUCCUUGUUCACUCAUUUAUGUUCUCAGUUUUGUAAUGACCAAAUAAGAGGAAUUUAUCUUCUGGUCUUUCUGAAGUAAUAGGAAAAGCUCUGCAUAAUCUUGUUCUCA